CCAGUGACGUUUUGUGAGUUUUUUGUCUUGUGCGAAUGCGAGGGUUUUCCUCAUUUUCCACCGCUCGGAAAGUGUGUUUGGUUUAGUUUAGUCGAUCACCUCACAUGAUUUACAUCGCUGAGUGUGCCCUUGUGUUCUCCUGCCAGAGAAUCGUGUGAUCGUUAUGAUAAUUUCCUCCUGGCGUGUCUUCCUUCCGGUUUUAGUGGUCGCACAUUUCCUGGCCAGUGUGUCGUGAAGGGAUUAAAGAGAAGCGCGACAGCAUUCUGCACAUCACACAAGAGAAUUCGACCGUCAGCCGGAAACAUUCCAAAGGACAUUGUGGAUUUUUAUCAACUCCCAAGAGAGCCAGAGACUGGUUCUCUCCAUCUGGAAGCAGCGCGGAAGCUGUUAAAAGGUGGUAAAAAGUGUGAAACACAUCGCAAAGUACACAACGCAGUGUUUUGAAUGCACAAAUGUAAGUUUGUGAGCGACAUCACGGUGCAUUUGACAUAAUAUUUUCACAGAUGCUUACAAUACAAGCACUGAACAAAAGAUGUCGAGGUAACAGGAAGCAGAGAUUGGAUUUAUAUUGAAUUUAUUACCCACCCUCAAAUGGCAGGAAGAAUGACAAGUGCAAAGCUGGUGGAAUUGUGUUGGGAUUAGUGCUGGUGAUUGUGUGGGUGAACUGGGCAAAGAGUUAUGUUGGGGAAGUAGAGAAAAAAAAACUGACAGUGAGAGAGAAGAGACACUCGGCGUGAAGGCAAAGAAGAAGCUUCGCCAUAAUCGACGGUGUUAAGCGGAAGGGGUGAACAAGUGUGAAUAUUUAUUUAAAUUCGGUAUUUUGACACCGCACUGGUCGGAUUGUGGAGCGCACAGUGGCAGAAGAAGUGAGGACGAGGGACAAGGGAGACAUGAGACUUGGUGUGAGGAAUCGCCGGGCCGCCCUUUUGGGGGUGUUUUGCCUCUUUGCCGUCACAAUGGUCCUGUUUAAAUUCACUGAGCUUCGACCGACGUGCCUCUUUAAGGACGACCAAACGGCCCCAAUGAUGAUUCGGGACGAGAAAUUCGUUGUCGGCGUGGAUCAAAAGGUGUAUCCCUAUCACAGAAAUAUGCCAUUGAUUUUCAUCGGGGGUGUUCCACGUUCUGGCACAACACUCAUGCGAGCCAUGCUCGAUGCUCAUCCGGAUGUACGAUGCGGUCAGGAGACGAGGGUAAUUCCCCGUAUCUUGCAAUUGAGAUCGCACUGGCUGAAAUCGGAGAAGGAGAGCGUGCGACUGCAGGAGGCCGGAAUAAGCAAGGAGGUGAUGAAUAGUGCAAUUGCUCAGUUUUGUCUGGAAAUAAUUGCCAAACAUGGUGAACCUGCAUCGAGAUUGUGCAACAAGGAUCCAUUGACACUGAAAAUGGGCUCCUAUGUCAUCGAGCUGUUCCCUCAGGCAAAAUUCCUCUUUAUGGUACGAGAUGGACGUGCCACAGUGCAUUCCAUUAUAUCGAGAAAAGUGACAAUAACAGGAUUCGACCUCACCAGCUAUCGACAAUGUCUCACCAAAUGGAAUCAUGCUAUUGAGACGAUGCACGAGCAGUGCAAGGAGAUCGGCAGGGAGCGAUGUAUGAUGGUUUACUAUGAGCAGUUGGUGCUGCAUCCCGAAGAGUGGAUGAGAAAGAUCCUAAAAUUCCUCGAUGUGCCAUGGAAUGAGAGCGUUUUGCAUCACGAGGAAUUUAUAAAUAAGCCAAAUGGAGUCUCUCUAUCUAAGGUGGAGAGAUCAUCAGAUCAAGUGAUUAAGCCUGUAAAUUUGGAGGCGAUGAGCAAGUGGGUGGGCCACAUCCCUGAAGAUGUGGUCCGCGAUAUGGCCGAUAUAGCGCCAAUGCUAUCAGUUCUCGGCUAUGAUCCCUAUGCCAAUCCACCCGAUUAUGGUAAGCCAGACUCUUGGGUGAAGGAUAAUACGUCUAAAGUAAAGGCAAAUAAGAAGUUGUGGGAUAUCAAAGCGGAUCAACUUCUUAAUCGUAAUGAGGUCUUUGACAAAGAUGAGAAGGAGAAUAAUUCCAAUUCAGACGACGCUGACGCACAAGAUCAGGGCGGCGCGGCGGCGGGCGGCAGUGAAACGGAAGCAGAGGGAAUGGCUGGCGAUGCGCCCAGGAAUGCCGGAGGUGACGAUAAUGACAUGAAAUCGUGAUACUGGACCAUUAGAAUGAGGCAUUUACUAUAGCAUUAAGACACAAGCGUGUGAGUGUGAAGAUUUUUACCUCCCUUACUUCCAAUUUAUUUAUUUUGCAAAGACUUUUAUUCCAAUGUGGUUGGGAAUGACGGGGACAGAGUUGAUAAACUUAUAAUAUCAAAUUAUGUAUAAAUAGAUUGAAGAAUUUAAUAUGAGAAUGAAAAGAAGCGUCACAAAAAUAGGCACUGAAAGUCAGUGUUUAAUUUAGAGUUCACUUUGUUUUUAAGAGUGGAGGACGGUAAAUGCGACAAACUGCUAUAAACUGUUCAUUGUGCAAUUAAUUGCCUGAUAAUGUGUGCUAUAUAUAUAAUUGUUUAAAUGAUAAAUUUAUUAAUUGCGCAAGAGAUAAAUAGUUGAGCGAGCGGAAGGAAAACUUAAUAUUUCACUAAUGUUGACAAUGACAUUUAAGGAGAAAUGAAUAUUGUGAUUUUACGAGGUAUGAGUGAUGAUUUAUGGUGAAGAGAGAAGAGGGUUUAAUUGAAAAGAGUGGUGAACAAGAAAAAAAAACACUAAUCAAAGUUUAAUAUUUUACCUUAAACAUGAGAAAAAUCUUAUUGUAAAUAUUAUGUUAUUUGUAAAGAAAACGUGAGAGACAGAGAGAUGAUAAGAAAUUGCAUAUAAACUCGUAAAUUUA